CACGACGCUUCAAUCAAAAUUUCCCGUGUAAAUGAACGUUAUUUUUUUUUAGAAAAAAAUGAUUCGCUCGGCAUUGUUAAAAUCGGCGAAAUUCCUGCAAGAAUCUGUGCAUCGACAGAUCAGCCUCUCGGAACCGAGAGAUUUCUUCAGCAAGAAACCGCCACCUGCUUCGGGUAAGGCCAAGGACGAUAAAGGGAAGAGCAAGAGUGAUCCAUGCACUGCUCUGAAAGAAACGAACAAGAAAGGCGGAAAACAGGAUCCAUCCGCCGAUCCGUGCAAAAAGAAGAACGAUCCGUGUAAGAGAAAAGAAGAUCCUUGUAAGAAAAAGGAAGAUCCGUGCAAGAAGAAAAAAGAUCCUUGCGCGGAUCCGUGCAAGAAGAAAGAAGAUCCGUGUAAAAAGAAAAAGGAUCCAUGUGCUGAUCCGUGCAAGAAGAAAGAAGAUCCGUGUAAAAAGAAAGAUCCUUGCGCGGAUCCUUGUAAGAAGAAAGAAGAUCCGUGUAAAAAGAAAGAUCCAUGCGCAGAUCCGUGCAAAAAGAAAGAUCCAUGCGAGGAUCCUUGCAAAAAGAAAGAUCCAUGCGCAGAUCCGUGCAAAAAGAAAGAUCCAUGCGCUGAUCCUUGCAAAAAGAAAGAUCCAUGUGCGGAUCCUUGCAAGAAGAAAGACCCAUGCGCUGAUCCUUGCAAGAAGAAAGAUCCAUGCGCUGAUCCCUGCAAGAAGAAAGAUCCUUGCGCGGAUCCGUGCAAGAAAAAAGAUCCUUGCGCGGAUCCGUGCAAGAAAAAAGAUCCUUGCGAUGAUCCGUGCAAGAAGAAAGAUCCUUGCGCGGAUCCUUGUAAGAAAAAAGAUCCAUGCAAGAAAGAUUAUAAAUUAAUGAAAAAAAUGAUGCGUUUGGCUAUUCUAAAAAAUGUGAAAUGGUUCGCUCAAAGCUUUUGCAGGGAUUUUGAGACGAGUUCACCUUUGGCAUGUAAAAAAUGUUGCGAUGAUCCUUGUAAGAUUGCCGAAGAUCCUUGCAAGGGGAAAAACAAGAAGAACGAUCCAUGCGCAGAAAUGUGCAAGAAUCAAGAUCCAUGCAAAGAAGAGGACCCGUGCAAGAAAAAAGAGAAGGAUCCGUGCGCGGAGGACAUUUGCAAACGUAAGAAGGAUCCGUGCGGAAAUGAUCCAUGCAAGGAUCGUGAUCCUUGCAAAGACAAGAAUGUCUGUAAAAAGAAAGAUCCCUGCAAGAGGAAGAAGAAGAGUAAGUGCAAAGAGGAGGAGGAGAAAUGUCCGCAGAAGUGUAAAAAGGAUCCGUGCAAAAAAGAGGAGUGUAAAGAUUUCUGCAAGGCCGCGUGCAAAGAUUUGGCGGCCAAGAAAAAGUUUGGUAUUCCGCCGACAAAUGAUGGACGUAACUCGUGCGGCGAGAAAUAAUAGGAGGCC